GACGAAACUACCCCGAUGGGACAUGGAAUUUAUGAAAGGGUACAACUGAAAUUUUAUCGGACGACUGAGAACGAUCUGGUAAAUAUCCGACGGCUGACACGAGAUCGGCCCGAGAUGGGCCGGCCCGCAUCGCGCUGCCAUUUCGAUCGAACGACCCCAACCCAACCCAAACCAAACCACCCAAAAAAGAAAAAGAAAAAGAAAAAGAAAAAAAAGGGAGCAAAACCGCAGCGCACCAAAAAGUCUACCCACCCCGAGCACGCCCCCCGGCACACGCGAUACCCACCCGCAACGCCCCUGCCGCGAAAAGAGCCGAGGAAGGAAAAAAACAGAGCGCAGACGCCCCGCCCCGCCCCGCCGCGCCGCGCAAUGGGCAAGCAGCAGCCGCCGCCGCGGCCGGCGGCGAUGUCGGCGCCUCCCCCGGCCCGGCGGAAGCGGAAGAAGAAGGGCCGGCCCUCCCUCCUCGACCUCCAGAAGCGCAGCCUCCGCCUGCAGAAGCUCCAGGAGGCGCCCCCGCCGCCGCCGCCGCCGCCCCAGCAGCGCCGCCCCUCCACGCGCCGCAACCCCGCCCCGGAGGACGACUCGGGCGACGACGACCCCCGCCGCGAGAAGAAGCUCCGCCUCGUCGUCGGCCUCCACGACGGAUCGGCCAAGGGAGAAAAGAGGAGGACAGCGACGGAUGGGCGUGAAGAGCCGUCAGAUUCCGGCCCCACGACGCCCCUGCCUGACAAAAAGUUAUUGGUCUUCAUCCUCGAUAGGCUGCAGAAGAAGGACACAUACGGCGUAUUCUCAGAGCCGGUUGAUGAUGAAGAGCUGCCCGACUACAGAGAUAUUGUCAAGCACCCCAUGGAUUUUUCGACAGUUAGGAAGAAGCUUGAUAAGGGGGCAUAUGCCAACUUGGAGCAAUUUGAGGACGAUGUGUUUUUGAUAACCUCGAAUGCCAUGUCCUACAAUUCACCAGACACAGUAUACUAUCGACAGGCACGAUCUAUUCAAGAGGUUGCUAAGAAGGACUUUGAGAAUCUUAGGCAAGAUAGUGAUGCCAGUGAACCAGAACCAGAACCAUUACCAGAACCGGAACCAAAACCACAGCGUCGAAGGGGCAGGCCUCCAAAGAACGCUGUCAAGCAGCAAGUUGAGCAGCCACCAGCAGAACGUGCUACCGCAAACUUUUCUGCGGCAGCACUUGCUAUGGCUGGAAAUAGUGGACUUUAUGCGCACUCAGGGUUUGAUAUACAGCGGAGAAUUGCAGAUGUACUGAAAGCUUCUUUUGCCAAUAGAAGCAAUGAACACAAUUGGUCCAGUGAGCGCAAAUUGGAAAGCAUUGAAGAUUAUUCAGGGUCUGGGAGUAAAUGGUCAGGAAAAAUGGGGAAGAAGCCACUUCCGGUAGAAGAGAGUCGCCGGACUACAUAUUAUCAGAAUCAACCAUCCAGUUCAAUGUAUGAGCUGCCAGUGGCAACCUCAUACAACGGGACAAGGAAGGUUCUUGUACCAAUUGGUGCUCAGUUGCCGCAGGCCUAUUCCCGCAGUCUGGCACGUUUUGCUGCACAGCUUGGUCCUGUUGGUUGGGAAGUUGCAUCGAAGCGAAUUGAACAGGUCAUUCCCCCUGGAACAGCAUUUGGUCGCGGGUGGGUAGGAGAUAGCGAAUCACCAAACUCAUUUCAGCCACCUGUACCAACUUCAUCUCCGAUACCAACACCACCACCAAGCAGCACAGCGGCAUCGAGUGAGCAGAAAACUGUAGAUGAUCCUGCAAGCGCAGGCCAUUCAACAGGGCCUCAUGCAGAUGCUGUGUCACAUGCGUCUGCCAAUAACGCUCAGAGGAUCGAUUCUCAGGCAGUACCAAGCCCGCAAUGUGGAUCGUUGACGCAGGUUCCAGUAGACCGAGGUGAACAUUCCGUUGAGCUGAAGAGCAGCCAUAAUGUUGAAGAACGGCCCACCAUGCACCAAACUGUGAAUGGUUUUAAUGCUGUGCCAGGGUCAAUCAUGUUUGCACCUACCGCGCAGCUGGUCGCGAACCGGAUGCAGACGCAUAUGGCCGACUGAUAGAGACCCAAGCUCGACAUGGAUAAUUUGACAUUUGGACGCAUGAUUCUGGCCACGGUUUCGCGGGCACCAAGCAAGGACUUUGCUGAAUCAUAUUGUGCUCGUUGAUUUUUUUUUCGAGUCGCUGUUGCUGUGCCGCACCGUGGCCUUGUCUCUCCAUUGUUUGUUUUUCUUUCGAGAAUGGGUAUCUCCAUUGUUCGUUGUCUGUGGUGUAAUUGCUUAGUUACUUAGGAGUUAGAAUAGCAUGCAGAUUGCAGAGAUAUGUGUGUAGAGGGUAUUAAAUUAAGUCGAGUUCAGAGAUUCAAAAAAGUUCUGAUGUUGUAGAAACCACAGGGGAAUCAAUCUGUAUAUGUUAUAUUGAGUGUUGUGGUAUUGUUGCCACAGUUGGUCAA